GGGGUUGGAGGGAGUGGUGCAAAGGAAACACAAGAGAACAAAAGCAGGAAGAUAUCACCUUCCACAAGGACCAACCCUAUUUGGAUAGAGUUGAAGGUGGUACCUGAAGACUCUUGAGUUCUCAAAGAAAAGGAUGGCAGUCGGGGAUCAAGGAAGAGGUGAAUUUGGACUUAGCCUGGGCUCUGCCCCUGGCUGAAACAGGACCUUGGCCCGAGUCAUACUUCUAUAAGCCAUCUCUGUACACACAGUGGGCACGGUGUUAGCGGUACCAUCGUACAUGCAAUUGUGCGCAUCCUCACAAAGGGCAGGCCUGGCCAGAGUUCUGUCAAUAACCUGGGUAAUUGCCAGGAAUCUCACCGAAUGCUGGUAUUCUAAAACACUAUUCUCAGAGAGGAGACCUCUCUCUUCAAGAUUCUCCUUCAAGAAGCCCCUUCCCUCCACAUGCUCAUCACCCUGGUGGCUGUGUUUGGCUUGUAGACCCAUUUGGAUGGAGGGGUACAGUGACAUGGAGAUACUAAGGACACUGAAAGGGUCUUCCGCAGGGGAAGUCAAUGUGCACCUGGUGGCCAGAGACAGCCCAGCUUCCCGUCCUCACCUGCCUGCAACUGCCUUCAUUAUUCCUACCAAUGCAGCUACCCUUGGUCUGCCCAGCACUGCCCUGAAUGUGUCGUACUCCCGUGAGCCAGUCCACGUGGGUGCCCUGGAGCGGGUGGCUGGCGGCGAACCAGUCACAGCCACCAUUUUGCCACAGCUAAGCACCGGACCAGGGACCAAUAGCACAGUCAGGCUUCUGGACUGGACAGGGGUUUCCCCAUCUCCAGCUGGGAGUGGCCUGCGGUUCCGGAUAAGCGAGUAUGCGCCACUCAACAUGAUAGGACUGGAGCGACCACAGAGCCCGGAGCGCCGGCAAGAAGGCCUGGUCCAACAUGAAGGUGGCCCGGUUGGAGGUGAUGCGGGCACCCAAGACCCGGAUGUCCACCAGGACCCUCAAGAAGUCACCUCUCAGGAACCCCCAGAAGACGCAAGUUCCUGCAACUGCCAGGCUUGUGGGCCUCAACAAAACAUUGGUUCUUCAGGCGACCACAGUGCUCAACCUUUCCAGAAGCGGUCAGUCAUUGUGGAGAACUCAAGCUGUACCGUCGCUUCUGAACUCCUAAAACCCAUGAAAAAGAGGAAACAUAAGGAGUACCAGAGCCCAUCAGAGGAGUCGGAGCCGGAGGCCAUGAAGCAAGAAGAAAGAAAAGAUGCAGAGAGAGAGCCAACCGCCAGCACCCCAGAGAAUGAAGAGUGGGGCAGAAGCCAGCCGGUGUCCAGCGAGAAGAAGGAGGGCUGGUCCUGGGAGUCCUACCUGGAGGAGCAGAAGGCCGUCAGUGCCCCAGUCAGCCUCUUCCAGGACUCCCAGGCAGUCACCCACAACAAGAAUGGCUUCAAACUGGGCAUGAAGCUGGAAGGCAUUGACCCCCAACACCCGUCCAUGUACUUCAUCCUCACUGUGGCUGAGGUGUGUGGCUACCGCCUGCGCCUGCACUUUGAUGGGUAUGCUGAGUGCCAUGACUUCUGGGUCAAUGCCAACUCCCCUGACAUUCAUCCUGCUGGCUGGUGCGAGAAGACGGGACACAAGCUGCAGCCUCCCAAAGGUUACAAGGAAGAGGAGUUCAGCUGGAGCCAGUACCUGCGCAGUACAAGAGCUCAGGCAGCCCCCAAGCACGUGUUUGUAAGCCAGAGCCACACUCCUCCACCCGUGGGCUUCCAGGUGGGCAUGAAGCUGGAGGCUGUGGACCGCAUGAACCCAUCCCUCGUCUGUGUGGCCAGUGUGACUGACGUGGUGGACAGUCGCUUCCUGGUGCACUUUGACAACUGGGACGAUACUUAUGACUACUGGUGUGAUCCCAGCAGCCCGUACAUCCACCCAGUAGGCUGGUGCCAGAAGCAAGGAAAGCCCCUCACCCCUCCACAAGACUACCCAGACCCUGACAGCUUCUGCUGGGAGAAAUAUCUAGAAGAAACUGGGACCUCAGCUGUGCCCACUUGGGCCUUCAAAGUGCGACUCCCUCACAGCUUCCUGGUCAACAUGAAGCUGGAGGCGGUAGACCGCCGGAACCCAGCACUGAUUCGGGUAGCCAGUGUGGAAGAUGUGGAGGACCAUCGGAUAAAGCUCCGCUUUGAUGGCUGGAGUCACAACUAUGACUUCUGGAUCGAUGCGGAUCACCCGGACAUCCACCCUGCAGGCUGGUGCUUCAAGACAGGACAUCCCCUGGAGCCUCCUCUCCGGUCCAGAGAGUCCAGCUCUGCCUCACCUGGGAGCUGCCCCUCUCUCAGCCACAGGAGCCCACCCCACACAAAGACCUCCAAAUAUAGUUUUCACCACCGGAAGUGCCCCACUCCUGGCUGUGAUGGCUCCGGCCACGUCACAGGCAAGUUCACAGCUCACCAUUGCCUCUCUGGCUGCCCAUUGGCCGAGAGGAACCAGAGCCGGCUGAAAGCAGGGGAGCUGUCCGACUCGGAGACCGCAGCCAGGAAGAAGAACCUGUCUAAUUUGUCCCCAAGGAAAAAGCCUCGCCAUCAUGGCCGGAUUGGACGCCCUCCAAAGUGUCGCAAGACUCCACAAGAAGAUUUCCAAGCCCUCCCUCCCAGCGUGGUGCACCAGUCCCUCUUCAUGUCUACCUUGUCGACCCACCCUAAUCGCUCAUUCUCUGUGUGCUGGGAGCAGCACUGCAAGCUCUUGCCAGGAGUGGCGGGCAUCUCAGCCUCCACGGUCUCCAAGUGGACCAUUGAGGAGGUCUUUGGCUUCGUUCAGACCUUGACAGGCUCUGAGGACCAAGCACGCCUCUUCAAAGACGAGAUGAUUGACGGCGAGGCCUUCCUUUUGCUGACACAGGCGGACAUUGUGAAGAUCAUGAGUGUCAAGCUGGGCCCAGCCUUGAAGAUCUAUAACGCCAUUCUCAUGUUCAAAAACACUGACGACACCUUUAAGUGACGGGCCCUCCUCCCACACUUGCUGGGCCCCCUCUGCAGAGGUGCUUUUCUCCUGACUUGAGUUCUGUACCCCCCGUCCUCACUGUCUGACUAGGCUGGCUCUUCCCAGAAGGAGUCUGGGAGCAGAGGAGUCUGGGGGUGGGGGUCUUGGCCCUCAGUCCUGGAGUUCAUUUGUCUCCAGUUGCCCCAAUGAGGGUGUGACUAACCUGAGGCCUGGCUGAUAGGAACGACUGUAGGUAUCCUGGCUAGGGCAGCCUGCAUCUUCAGCCACCUUGGUUGUUGUCUUAGGAAUUAGGAGGAGCCGGUACAGUGGGCAUCCUCUACUCAGACUUGUGUUCUUUUUAGCAUCUCUGUAUGCUUUUUUCUCUUUGGUGCCUCUCCUACUGAGAAGUGACCAUGACCUUGGCAUAUAUAUUUACACUUAAAAGGUGCCCCCUCCCUCUCUGCUGUUGGCUGUGUACCUUUGUUCUGCUGCCCAGUUCCUGAGCAGCACCCCCAACCCCCAUCAUGGUCCAGCCAGGCCCCGCGGCUCUUCUCCCGUAGUUGGGUAAGUCUCAGAAAUAUGGGAGCUUUCUUCUAGGAGCCUCUGGCUGUCUUUCCCCUUUUGCCUCUAGCCAGAGAUUCAGAGCCAAGGCACCUUCCUGAACAUGUUCCAUUCAGGACCACUCAGCACUGAAGUGAUUGAAGUGGCCAGUACCAGGGUUUAGUUCCAGCAGAGCAAGCAGUUGGGUAGAGCCCAUAGAGCCCAUGUUAUAACAAGCGGGACCCAGGCUCGCUGAUGCCACCUUCACAUCCUUGUUGGGUGUGGGAAAGAUGAAGUCUGGCCCAAGACACCUUGGAGACUUUGGCCUGAAGGGUAGCUCCAGAGAACAUGGUGGCUGCAGUGUUCUAUCUGCAUCUGUGGAUCUCAGCCAAGAUAUUACACGUGAGUGAGAGGCCCCGGCCAGCCCAGCCUCCUGCCAGGAGAGGGUAGCACUGUCCAGCACACAACCCCUGUGACAUCGCAUUCACUCUGUCCCUUAAACAUUUCUCAUUUUGCUCUUGAGUCUAACGAAGGCCACUCACAGUAGAGAGUUGGGAAGGUUCCCUGUCCCUCCUUUGGACUCUCUGAGCUCUCGUGCCCUUCUUGACACUUUCCAACAGUUGUUCACUGCCACCUAGGUCCCUGCUGGGGCCUGGGCCUGGACCUUUCCCGUCUAAGUGAAGGUUCAGCCUCCAUUCAAUUACUGCCAAACAUGACUCCCAGCCUAUGCAGGGAGCCCCGGAGCCCGGCAGGAGCCGCCCGGCCCAUAGGUGGAAGCCAGUGCCAAGCUUCAUCUGGUGCUGAGGUGGAUCUGCAGGCUGAAGAGCAGGGCCAUACCCCAGUCCAGUAUACUUGUAAGUCAUGUGUAUGAUGUGUGUGUGUGUGUGUGUGUGUGUUUACACAUGUCAGUCAGCAAUAUCUGUUAGGUGGAGGUGUAAGGUGCAGUAUUGGGAUACUGAGGGCUACUGUUAAGCUAUGAAAGUUUUAUUAUUUUUGUCAGAAAUAGGAAACCAAAAGUUGUUGAGUUCCUGUUUCAGCCGUUUUGGACCUCUCCUCCCUAGGCCAGACAGCUUCUGGGAGACAGCCAUUUAGCACCCAGCUAGCUUCGGGAGCCUCAGAUUUCCCCUCCCUUUCAGCCCUCAGGGGUAACUCUGAGCAUAACCUUUCUUGGAGGACACCAGGCAUGGCCAAGGGGGCGGGAGGGCUAGGUCGACAGAUGUGACAUCAGUGCCCCUUUGCUGGGAAUAGAGAGGAGCCGAUCUGCUAUCUCAGCGUGCCAUGGAACCUGCCACCUCCUUGUCUUUAGUCUGCUCCGUCACUCGCUGACCAGUCUGAGAGGACAGCAAAUGUUCCGUGUUCUCGGCUGGUGCCGUGAGAUCAUACAGCCCCCUAGGAGAGGGACCAUGCAAAUUUUGCCAUGCAGUUCUGGGAAAGGCCAGCUGGACCAAAGGCUUUGGAGAAGAGGACCUGCAGCCUCUCAACCCUGAGGCCACAGCUCUUCGGCACUAAUGUCAGACUCCUUGGAAAGAAAUCUGCCGUCUGACUGUCCACCAGCCAUCCACCGGACUGGGUCUACAGAUGACAUUGUUGUACCUUGAACUGAGAACAUGGGAGUAGGUGGCUGUUUCUGGCACCCUGUGCCCUGGUCUCUAGCAACAGGAACUACUUAUACUUUGUCCCCAGCAGGCUUUCCCAGCCUCUGCUCAGCCAUGACCUAGGACAGAGAUGAACUUUCUGUUUAAUUCCUAAGGCAGAGAAAAUGGUUCCUGAGUCUGAAAAUGAAGCCUGUUUCACUUUCAUUCACAUGCACUGUGAUGGGGUUAUGUUUUUGCUGUGUGUGUGUGUGUGUGUGUGUGUGUGCGCGCGCGAGCUAGCAAGUGCACAUUCUUAAAAUCCUCUGGUUUAAACUAAAGUGACUCUUGAGGAAGGAAACAUUACAAAGAAAAUAGAGUAUGGUUUAUUUGUCUAUGUAUUGAAACAAGAUAAAUAAAUAAAUAAAUAAAUAAAUAAAUAAAUAAAUAAAUAAAUGGGUGA